UGCGUGAGCGCCUGCACUCCUUGACACAUAACCACGCCGGUUGGCCUUCUUCUCGUCCAGUACCUUCACCUUCUUGCCGGUGAAGAUUGCUUUCACGAUGGCUACCACCUCCUCUGUUCCCAGAACCGGAUCCCUCUCCCAUAUCCUCAACGACUCUCCACCGACUCCCGUGCAAAGUCAUGCGAUAUCGUCCCGGCUCCCUUCUCAUUCUCCAAUGACCAACGAGUCUGCUAAUCGACCAGACCAUCGAAUUGGGACGGAUCCUUGGCUGAGCUACGCGCGAGUCGGUCAUACUUCGCCCAGCGGUCCAUCUCCCAGACACAUCUCCGUCCACACGUCGCCCCAGAGCAUCGGUAGCCAUGCCCAAUACCCAGCUGCGAUACCGUCAAUCACUAGGUGGCGCGCAUCGGAUUAUAAUCCGGACAUGCACGCGCGAGAAGCUGCAUUGGAGACCACUUCAGCUCACAUUCAGAAACUGGCGCAAAUGUCAAACACUCCCAGGCCGCCUCAUGUUUCGCCUUACAUUCAUCCUUUGCAAACAUUCUCAAUGCCGGCCUCACCAGCUGUACCCCGCACACCUGACUUGGCAGAUUAUCAGAUGUCUGAGAGGGCAUCAACUCGGCUCAUUGGUCGGCCACAAGUAUCAUACGAAGAGACAGGAAAUGUCAAUCCAUCUUACCCAAUCCAAUCUACCUCUCACCUGCCGCAAAAACGAGGAGCGUCUGACAGCAGUGAAAAUGAUGAUCGGCCACCCAGGUUCAGGCGCAAGCUCAAUUCCAAGCAGAAGGAGACCAAGGCAGCUGGUGCUUCAAACAAGCGCCCGGGAUCUUCAAAGCGAUCAGCCAAAGUAGACAGUGUCGCUGGUGAUCCGCCCGACAUGAUAUACCAACUAUCUCCCAAGCUGCCGAUAGAUCGAAGCGAUGUUUCUUUCACCAUCCUGCCCGUCAGGCUGUCAUCGGAGGCCAACCUCACACGGGAGCCCCAAACAUCACGAUGCAUGUCGAACCGGUUCAAAUCCAAAGGUUUUCCGCAUUGUGUAUCGUGCACGCGACGCUGGGUUGGAGACACCUGUCGAUUCCAGAAUCUUCGUUCCUUUUUCUACACAAGCACAGGCGAACUAGCUGGUUUCUGUUUCUAUGAACGACGAGACCAGCCAGCGGUACAAAUGGAGUAUCCGUCCAACUGGAAUGCGCCUCUGACCAAGACGCAUUUCCAACUCAUCAAGAAAACCAUCGCGACAGCCCUUCUCCCUAUUCUUAGAGAGGAGCUCGAGCACACCCAACACAGCGCUGUCAUCUACCGCCCUCGAGAAAACGAAGUUCGUGCUACUUGUGAUUCCUGCCUGACGUCCAUCUUCGCUUGUUCUUGGAUGUGUCGUUUGUGUGGUCGUGAAGCUUGCAAAGAGUGUUUCGAACGAGUCAAAGACCUCACCGUCGUAGAGGUCAAUACGGAGCAAGAUAUGGCCGACCAACGUGCCAGAAAGGACAAGCAGGCACAUUGUAAUCCUUUCUUCCUCACAUGUCAUAAGCGCAACGAUCACGGCGCCAAGGAUUUCUCCCCGGUGACCCGUUUCGUCAAGAAGGAACUUGAGCAGCCAUUCGAGACAUGGAACUUUUUGCGGUGCCGGCGGACAGUGCUGAUCAAGCGCUUCAAGGAUGCCGAAUUGAGCGAACAAACCUUUGCCUUGCUAUGGGCGCAAGGCGAGCCUGUCCUGGUCACCGACACCGGGAGCAAGCUCAAGCUCGACUGGGAUCCCCAGUACUUUAUCGAGAAUCAUGGGUCGGAGGAUUGCCUCCUGAUCGACUGCCAAUCAGAUCAAUCGACUCGUCGGACGGUCAAGGAGUUUUUCAGCACAUUCGGCAAAUACGAAGAUAGAAACCAGUGCUGGAAGCUCAAAGAUUGGCCGCCUUCGAGUGAUUUCAAGACGUCAUUCCCGAAGUUGUAUGAAGACUUCAGCCAAGCUGUGCCCAUCCCGAACUACGUUCGAAGAGAUGGGGUGCUCAAUAUCGCUUCUCAUUUCCCCUCGAACACCGUCUCUCCUGAUCUCGGGCCGAAAAUGUACAAUGCGUAUGCUAAUCUAGCAGAGGAGGGCAACAAAGGCUCGACGCGGUUGCACAUGGACAUGGCCGAUGCGCUGAACAUUCUGACCUACGCUGCGCCGUGCCCCGAUGGAUCUCCGGGCUAUGCUGCUUGGGAUAUCUUCCGUGCGGAGGAUAGUUUCCAAAUUCGGCAGUUCCUGGCCGAACAGCAUCGGCAAUUGGGUCAAGAUCCGAUUCACAGCCAACAGAUCUACCUCGAAGAUGACAUGCGACUGCGGCUGUGGCAAGAGCGAGGGGUGAAGAGCUAUCGAAUUCUGCAGAAGACGGGGGAAGCCGUGUUCAUUCCUGCUGGCUGUGCACACCAGGUGCGAAACAUGAGUGACUGCAUCAAGAUCGCCGUCGAUUUCGUGUCCCUCGAGAAUGUGCAGCGGUGUGCCACGCUCACGAAAGAGUUCCGUCAGGUGAACACCAGCAAGCUCUGGAAGGAAGACGUGUUGCAGCUGCGGACGAUGAUGUGGUUCGCGUGGUUGUCUUGUUUGAUGCAAGAAAACAAUUCCCAGUCCUGAACACUUCUGUAUACAUACAUAUAUUUUCAACUUGGAAUCAAAUGUACAUCUCACAUCAUAUUCACACAAAAACAUCUUCUAUCG